CUGACAUUAUCUGUCCUUUAGUGAAACUACAGGAUACUUCUGCAUGGAUAAUAUGUCCACUGUGGUUCUGCACAGGAACAAACACUAUAUGUAAUUUAGUUAGCUGAUGGGCUCAGUUUUAGGAACCAACCCAUAUGUGUUUCUCUCUCAAGCUGCAGUAAUUUAAAUAUGCACCAUUGGUUUUCGUAUAAUAUUUGGCAGCUGCAUUGUUAGAAGUAUUUUUUACUGUACAAUGUUGGGUUCACUUCAUACCAUAGACUGUUCAUACCUUAUGAUUUAACAUAUUUAUGGCCUGGCGUUGGUGUGAUAGGUAGCUAAGAUUAUGAUAAUUAGGAUCCACUUGGUAACAAGAUGAUGCAUUUCAACACGCAUAUCCUGCAAACGCUGAACAAGUUUAAUCGAACCAUAACGGAAAAGUCGGUCAAGGGUACUUUUAGUCUAACUCUCUCAUCAAGCUGGGAUUGGCAAUCAAACGUCAAUGUUUCUGUGAAACUGGAUGAUCUAAUAUUCCAGUUAGAGCAUACAACAUACAGGAGCAAAUGUCAAAGCAGAUUCUGAGUACAGUCCCUGGGAUGUUACUUCACAGUUCAUGGUGCCUUGGACAGAUUCCAGGUCAAAUUUAAAUCAGGUCAAGAAUUGAUCCCUCGCAAAGUCAGCUAAAACAUGUGUUAUAGCUGGCUAAAAAAAAGCCAUGCCAAGUCUUAAAAAGACACAGACUGUCCCUGAUUACGCCUUUUUCUUCAAGAUAAGAUUGAACUAAUGUCUUUGUCAACAGGCCAUUUCGUAUUUAGCUAAUAUUAAACCUCAAAAUUGUAAUCCAACCCCCUUUUUUGAUUGAUUUAUCUGAUUCUGCUUGAGGUUUUGUCCUGCCUAAAUCAAUGGGAUCUAUAAUAACAUUGGCCUUUAGGGUCGAGCGGUCUAUUAAGCACACAAGACCUAAUUUCCACAUGUUCACUCGAAACAUGUCUGCUGGACUAUCAGAGAGCAAAGUGCUGCAGUGGGGAGAUAAGCCUCAAGAGUAUCAGAGAAGUCAUGUAUUAUUUAUCCAGGACCUCCACGUGUGCUGUCUCUGGGAUGGUCUGAGCUCGAGCCCUCUGAUUGGACACACCUCCCCUCAGCUCACGUCUUCACAGUCUCAUCCAGGCGGGGGCGGGGCUUGCGCUGAAUUUACACCGGUGAUUGGCCAAGAUUUCCGCGGGUUCGAGGAGCAGUUAGCGCCUUAUAAAUACUGCCGCAAUGAGCUCCGAGAGCUGCGUCCAGCCACCGAUUCAUGAUCAGAGUGAGAAGGAUGCUGCAACAAGCUUUGAGAGUAUCCGGCCGCAGUGCCAUCCCCCUGAUCAAGUGGAUGGAGAGGUGGGCUGAGGGCGCAUCCGCCAAGCAGCAGGCAGCCAAGACCCUGCAGGACAUGCCCGGACCCUCCGUGGCCAGUUUCGCCUGGGACUUGUUCGCCAAACGGGGGCUGUCCCGGCUGCACCAGCUGCAGCUGGAGGGCUUGCAGCGAUAUGGGCCCAUGUGGAAGGCGAGCUUUGGCCCCAUUCUGACCGUUCAUGUUGCUGAUCCAGCGCUCAUUGAGCAGGUUCUGAGGCAGGAGGGCCAGCACCCCAUGCGCUCUGACCUCUCCUCCUGGAAGGACUACAGAAAGCUCAGGGGACAUCACUACGGACUCCUGACUUCUGAGGGGGAGGAGUGGCAGUCGGUGAGAAGUCUCCUUGGUAAGCACAUGCUGCGACCCAAAGCCGUGGAAGCCUACGAUGAAACCCUGAACGGCGUGGUCAGCGACCUUAUUGCCAAACUUCGCCUGAGCAGAACGUCUGAGGGCCUUGUCGCUGACAUCUCAAGCGAGUUCUAUCGAUUCGGCCUCGAGGGCAUUUCCUCGGUUUUGUUUGAAUCAAGAAUUGGUUGCCUGGAUGCGGUUAUCCCUGAAGAGACGGAGCAUUUCAUCCAAUCGAUCAACACCAUGUUCGUAACAACGCUUCUCACCAUGUUCAUGCCAAAGUGGCUGCACCGGCUGUUUCCUAAACCCUGGAACUCCUUCUGUCAGAGCUGGGACUACAUGUUCAACUUUGCUAAAGGCCACAUUGACCAACGUAUGACGGCUGAAGCAGAAAAGGUUGCCCGUGGAGAGGAGGUGGAGGGCCGCUAUCUGACCUACUUCCUGUCGCGGGCCGGGAUGCCAAUGAAGACUGUCUACAGCAACGUCACAGAGCUGCUUCUUGCAGGAGUCGACACAAUCUCCAGCACCAUGUCCUGGUCGCUGUACGAGCUGUCCCGUCACCCUGAGGUGCAGGCAAUGCUGCGGGACGAGGUGUUGAGCGUGCUGCAGGGACGAAGCAUACCGGAGGCAGCGGACGUGGCCCGCAUGCCUCUCCUGAAGGCCACCGUCAAAGAAGUGCUUAGGUUGUACCCGGUAAUUCCUGCCAAUGCAAGAGUCACUACAGAGAGAGACAUCGAGGUUGGAGGCUACCUCAUCCCUAAAAAUACUCUGAUUACCCUUUGCCACUUCGCGACAUCACGAGAUCCAGCCGUGUUUCCGAAUCCAGAUGAAUUUCAGCCCCAUCGCUGGUUGAAGAAGGACCAGACGUUCCACCCGUAUGCCUCCAUACCCUUUGGGGUGGGAAAGCGCAGCUGCAUAGGGCGUCGCAUCGCCGAACUGGAGCUCUACCUCGCUCUUUCGAGGAUCCUCUUAGAGUUUGAUGUGAAGCCCGACCCAGAAGGGAUUUCCGUCAAACCCAAGACCAGAACGCUUCUGGUUCCUGAAAGUGUCAUUAGCCUCCAGUUUAUUGAACGAUGACCCACUCUCCUGAACUGGUCUGUUGCACGAACGAGAACGUUACUCUCUCGCCCUAGAGAGUGAUAACAGGUGGAGUUAUCGCAGGAAACGUGAGACUGUUGCACGCAGUAAGGGCGGACCUCCGACCUUUGUCACUGAAAAGGCCAAAGCCCUCCAUAUCUGUUACCUAGUGUGUCGAGGCUGCUGGUAAAGGAGGGCAGAUGAACGAAUGAUGAGCAGUGACAGUUCAUCACUGAGGAUUUCCACUGGUAUAACUCCAAAUGUAAUACUGUGGGGUGAUGUUUUUUUUAGAAGUAAAUCACCAUCAAGCUCUUAUUUGCACCUAAGCCAAGAGUCAUCCAGUGAUCUCCUUCAUUUUCAAAACCCAAAAUGCAAACUUUAUCCUUAAGUGAGCCAGGCCGUUGAAUUUGCACCAUUUCUGUAUUUGACACUGAUUUUUUAUUUUAAUGUAACCCCUUCAUAAAUCUGAGUUUACCUCUGAUGUUCUGCACUCUUAACGUAUGUGCCCUGGUCAUGCAAAUAUUUAAUACAAAGAGCGUUUCUGUAAGUAAGUCCGAGAUACACAGUAUGUUGUAUAUAUUUCAAAUAUUUCUAGAGACACAGACACAUGAACACUCUUCAGCUUGCAUUUAGCUGUUGUAGGAAUGUUGAGUUGACAUGAUGUAUUAAUCAAAGUGUUCUUCAUAAGGUGAUUAUGGUUAACUUUUAGUGACGGGUUCCUUUUAAAAAAAUGUUUUUAUAAAAACGGCAGCUAUUGAAAUGAUUCCCGUGUAGAAAUAUAUUAUGCUGUUUAAAAUCCCUAAAAGAGGCCUCUUUGCACUCAGGCAUUGUCUGUACUGUCUUUAACAUAUGCAACAAUUUAAGAGUGCAGCACAAUGCUACUUUAUCUGUCUUACAUUGUUUAUAAACCUACUAGUUUGAGUGUUACGCCACCAUUUUGUAAAUGUAAUACGUUUCAGUAACUGAAUUCUGUAUUUAUUCUAAUUUAACACAUUUUAGAACUGGUACUGUAAAUAUCAUUAAA